AUGACAAAGGCCCUGGCAUGCAGGUUGCAGGCGGUAAACCAAAAGCGCCGCCGGGGGGGCGCCGACGAGAGAACAUGGGCGCCGUCGGGGGGCGCCGACUCGGGAACAGGAGCGCCGUUGGGGGACGCCGACUCGGGAACAUGGGCGCCGUCGGGGGGCGCCGACUCGGGAACAGGAGCACCGUCGCGGGACGCCGACUCGGGAACAGGAGCGCCAGAGCAGGAUUUUAAGUCUUUUGGUCAAGACAAAGUAUUUGCCUCUCUUAUUGCUGACCUAAAAGACUUAGAGGAUUCGGGAUUUCAGCUGGAGGAUGGCAGCAACCUGAGGGCUUCACUGAUUGCCAUAUGUGGUAUGGAUGUCGAAUGCAUUCAGGAAAUUCAGAGAGCCCUACCUGAACUGGACCAUGAGAAGUUGAUGGUUGUUGUUGAAUACCUUUCAUCAGUGGUUGGAGUCACAAAGAAAGAGGACCUAGCCUAUGUUGAGAAGGAUGACUUGCAGCAUCAUUUGACCCCAAUACAGUGUCGUAAAGUCAUCCAGACUUUUAAACAAAAAGAUCUGAAUGAUCGAGACACUGGUUACAGCAGUAUAUCUGAACAGGCAGGGUCCCUCUCUUCCUUGGACAUAUUAAUGACAGAUGGACAUGUCCAAACAUCAAAUCCUACAUUACCUCACUAUCCUGGAUCCUCUUUUAUAAAAACACAGAACUCAUGGCUUAGCCAGUUAGAAAUUCCUUGGGACAAGAUGCCUGCUUCUCUCACACUGGCUGUAUCAAGAGGGGAGAGAGCUAACCCUGCAGAUAGAAGAGCCAUGGUGAGAACUGUGGUGAGUGCCAUGCAGAAUCACUGUCCAAACCCAAACAGGGCUGCCUGUGCAGAGGUAGCAAAAGAGAUUGUGUCAAAAUAUCCUUUGACCUUCGCAGACACAACAGAGGAAGGAGAACAAUUGGGAAUAGGUUACUAUUCACUUGUUAAUCAGCUUAAGGCAAGAGUUGAACAUGUCAACCGCUACAAUGUAAGUGACAGAAUACGUAAACCAAGGACAUGUUCAGAAACGGGUGAUGGUAGCGCUUCCACUAAAACAGUGCGGUGCAAGGUAGACAGCUACGGCUGCAUAAACUGGCAGCCAAAAUGUCUCCCAGAAGGAGAGACAGCUGACUCUUUAGAAAACAGAAGAAAAACUAUGGUAGCCAUAUUUCAGUCUGCUGGGCCCAGAGCUGUAGACAUGCUAGACAUUGAUAAAUCAAUGAGUUUGACAUAUAUUUAUCAACGGCACAUGAUAAACACUUCCCCUCCUCCCAGUAUCUCUGAGAUUGAAGAACAGUGGCCUUUCAUCUUUACAAAAAGAGGACUCUGUUCACAUUUCAAAACUCUCACAGGAAUUGAUAUCUGUGAUCGACUUGCCGACGCUCUGCAAACCAAGGGGAAGAGGAUCAUUAACUUCUUUCUAAGACAGAUACAGAACAGAGACAUUCAAAGUCUUCUGCAUGACAUUGACAGCGACACGACAGCCAUGCAACACAACCGGACUGGUAUCGCAGUGAUGCUUCUUAUGCUGAAACACUUCCUUGAAAAAGAAGACUUCAUCUUCAUUUUGAUAGAGACAUGUGCAACAUCAAUGUCCAUCCAGAAAGACAUGAAUCUACCAGCUACACCGAGACUGAUCAUGCUUGGGAACACAUUUCUCACUGCAACAAAGUGGAUGGUCAGCAUUGAGGGAAAAGUGGCCUUUGUUUUGGAAGAGCACUUGGGUUUUACAGACGCCUUGUCUGUGUUUUUUGGAUGCUUUUAUGUUUUCAACAUAGAGUACCAGGAAUCUGCGUGUGCAACACUGGAAUUCAUACAAAGAUUCUUUGUAAGAAUAAAUCCUGAUGAAGGAACAAAAUGCACUGCUAGAACUGGGGUCAGUCGUAAGACAGGAGAGAUGGUGAAGAGGAAGGUUGCAGUAAUUAACAACAGAGUAUCAUCUUUCCUUCGCCAGCUAACCGAGUUCGAGUGGAAGAACUUGGAUUAGACAGGAUGAAUCUGAGAUAUUUCAUGUUUUGUC